GAAAAAGGAUAACCUUAUUGGCCAAGACUCUAGAGUCCUUUGCCUUCGCCAGAGCAUGGUCAAUUAACACGCAGAGCAAAAAUUUUGGUGCCGACUGCUAUUAGCUGCUUUUGCAUUUACUCCCUCUGUUUUCUUAUCCAUCCCCUUCCCCAAAAUAACCCUAUACACCCAUAUUUCUCUUAAUACAGUUUCAGUUUUAUACUGUUAAAAAGAAAAAAGAAAUGAUGGCAGUAGUGUAAUUAAGCUACAACCCAAAGCCCAUACUAACAUUCAACUCUCUUAUAAAACCUAAUGUCAGCAAGAGUUAGUAUCACUCGUACCCGCACACAGCAACAGCUCCACUCAAACUGAGCACUGGGGAAUGCCUCCUCUAUUCUCUCUCUUCAUCCUUUUCCUUUCUCUCUGCUCCGCCGCUGCAAAAACCCACAGCGCAGGCGCGGCACCACAAGAUCUGGUCCAUUCAUCAUGCCUCCACGCGAGUUAUCCUAACCUCUGCAUGCGCACACUCUCCUCUUACUCAGGCCCAGCCAACACCCCGCACGACCUAGCUCUUGCAGCAGUGGAAGUGAGCCUCGGGCGUGCCAGUAAAGUGUCCAAGUACUUGAGCUCACUAUCGUCUGGGCUAAAAACAAGGAAAGAACGAGUUGCGCUGAGUGACUGCGUGGAGCAGAUAUCUGACUCGGUGGAUGAGUUGAGUAAUACGCUAAAUGAAUUAAAGCAUUUGAGAGGGGAAACUUUUAGGUGGCAAAUGAACAAUGCUCAAACAUGGGUAAGUGCUGCUUUGACUAAUGAAGAGACUUGUCUUGAUGGUUUUGAACAGGUUCAAAGGAAAGUUAAGUGUGAUGUUAAGAGAAAGAUUACUAAUGUGGCUAGAGUUACUAGUAAUGCUUUGUACAUGAUUAAUCGUCUUGGUGAGAGCCGUGGUUAGUUUAAUUAGGCCUUAAAUAGUGACUCAGUGGAUUAUGGAUUGUUAAUCUAUCUUCAUCAUUACUUAAUUAUUGUUAUUAUUAUA